CUGUCAAUCGGUCAUGGGGUCAACGGAUUCACCUACGACCCAGCACUUGGUGAAUUCAUAUUAACCGAAAAAAAUAUGAGAAUUCCAAGCAGAGGAAAAAUUUAUAGCAUUAAUGAGGGAUACGAGGCUGUUUGGGAUCCGGCAAUUAAGGAAUAUGUUCAAUCAAAAAAAUAUCCAGCCACUGGGAAGCCUUACGGGGCCCGAUAUGUUGGUUCCAUGGUGGCGGAUGUCCACAGGACUAUUAAAUACGGAGGAAUUUUCCUGUACCCAGCGACAAAAGAAAAUGUCAAUGGAAAACUCCGACUUUUGUACGAGUGCAUUCCAAUGGCGUACAUUGUUAAUGAGGCGGGGGGUAAGGCUUCCAAUGGAGAAAUUGAUAUUCUUGAUGUAGUGCCUGAAAAACUCCACCAGAGAUGUCCGAUAUUCCUGGGGUCCUCUGAAGACGUUGAUGAUGUGCUCGAAGUUAUCAGGAAGCACAAGUGAUUGGAAA